CUGCUCCCUCGUUGAGCUCCCACUUGUUGUCAUUCAGCGUCCGGGGCCGCAAAGUUCAAAAAACAACAACUACUUUCUCGCACAGACGAGGCGUUUUGAAGCAGCAGGAGAGCACGUCGACCGGGCCGGAGGGCUUCCAGCUCAAGAGCGUCCACCGUCAACAAGAGACAAGAAUGAAUGGUUUCACGUGUACAGAAGAGACGCGCUGUUGUUUGUGGAGGAGACAUUAGAAACGACAACAACAACAACAACAACAACAGCGGCGGCGGCGGCGGCAGCGCGACAAGGACGCUAGUAAAGCCAGUGGCCCUCGAGGCAGAAGACGAACAGAAAACCCCCCGAAAUAACUUAAACUACGGCGGCGUGAGAGGGAAGGAGCGGCGGCUCGGCUCGCCUCGGCUCGGCUCGGCUCGGCUCGGCUUCGCGUUUCAGCGACGGGGAGGAUGUGGGGCCUAGCGGGGCAGCUCGGGUGAGGAGAACCGCAUCCCACGUUCAGCACAAUGGGGACCUACCCCGUCUGGCUGCCGACCUCUCGUUAUGAGGGAAGAAUGGAGUUCCCAGACCAUAGCCGCCAGUUGCUGCAGUGUCUGAGUCAGCAGCGUCACCAAGGUUUCCUCUGUGACUGCACUGUUCUCGUCGGGGAGGCUCGAUUCAAAGCGCACAGAGCCGUGCUGGCCUCCUGCAGCAUGUACUUCCACCUCUUCUACAGGGACCAGCUGGACAAAAGGGACGUUGUGCAUCUCAACAGUGACAUUGUGACAGCCCCUGCUUUCAGUCUGCUCCUCGAAUUUAUGUACGAGGGGAAGCUGGAAUUCGGCACGCUGCCGGUGGAGGAUGUCCUGGCCGCGGCCAGUUACCUCCACAUGUACGAUAUAGUGAAAGUGUGCAAAGGCAAGCUCAAGGAUAAGGAACUAUUGUGCCUGGAUGAAAAGAUGGGCGAGGGCUUGGGACUCGGCUGCCUGGACGGGGAGAACUCCUCAGAUGGCGAGCUGCACAGUAAGCAUCUCAUCCGGCGACAGCCCCGGCCACAGUCUCAGGGGCUUCGCAGGGCCCCCCCUGCGGACGAGUUUGACAUGGACAACAGCGAAGUCGGGCUGGUUGUCACCGAUUGUGAUAGGUCUACACGGAGCAGGCAGAAGGCAAACGGUCACUCUGGCAGGUCCCCGGACCUUGUAAGUGUCAAUUAUGUGUCAGCAGAGGCCGAGCCCUGUGUCCAAACAGCUGGAAAAACAAAAGCUGAUGUCAGUAGUUCCACCGUAUCGCUGUCCCUGAGGCCCCGGGCUUCAGAUGACAUGGACUGUGCACUGGAUUUGUCUUUCAAGCCUCUGUCUAGCAGAGAUCCCUUACACCCCUCCUAUGUCUCGGGACAGCUGGCCCUCGACAGCCAGCAGCAGGGCAUUGAGCCACUUGUUAAAGACGAACACGACUUGCUGUCAGAGCAGGAGGACAGUGAGCCGACGAGCCCCGAGAGCCAGCGCUUUGGGAAUAGUGCCAGGAGCUCAGUGGUGACAGGGUUCGCUGCCCUCUUCCCAGGCAACAACGGCUCCACCGCCGCCCUGCUCUCCCAGGAGGAGGACCUGAUGGACGAGGAGGGGGAGGCCUGCCGCGGGAGGGAGGGCGCUCCGGGCAGGGAGUUGGAGGAGAGGAGGGGCCGGCUGCUGGGGGACAGCGAGGAGGAGGAGGAGGACGACCUGGCCUCCUCAGACAUCUCCACCUCCAGCGGGGUGCUCCUGCCCCCGGGGCAACAGGUGUGUGUGUGCCCCCUCUGCAGCAAAGUCUUCCCCAGCCCCCACGUGCUGCAGCUGCACCUCAGCUCACACUUCCGCGAGAAGGAAGGCGCUCGCUCCAAGUUGUCCCCCGAUGGCUCGGUCCCCACAUGCAUGCAGUGCAACAAGACCUUCUCCUGCAUGUACACCCUUAAGCGCCACGAGCGCACACACUCUGGCGAGAAGCCAUACACCUGCGGCCAGUGUGGCAAGAGCUUCCAGUACUCCCAUAACUUGAGUCGGCACGCUGUAGUUCACACGCGUGAGAAGCCUCACGCGUGUAAGUGGUGUGAACGCCGCUUCACCCAGUCUGGGGACCUCUACCGCCACAUCAGGAAGUUUCACUGUGGCCUUGUCAAGACGCUCGCCAUUGGAUAAACCCCCCCCCCCCCCCCCCCCCCCCCCCCCCCACUCAUCCAGCGCCAUGGCGUGCGACGGAAAUGUCUUCUCAUACACUGAAUACUAUCACUGAACAAAUUCUCCCGUUAGAACACACAUGUCGGCAGUCUGUCGGAAGACGUAUCUUUUGGAUUCUACCCCAUGUGGCAUUUCUCAAGUUAAAGACGUAGCAGCCUUUAAGACUGGAGCCGCGUCCUGUGCUGAAGGCGCGCGGGCCGUUUCAGAUUAACACGGGUGCUGUGAAAUUCAAAGCUGGAGCUGUGUGAGCGAAGGUGAACAAAUCCGACGAUGCACUUGCUUCUUUCUUUCCUGUCUGUGUCAGUCUGUCGAGUUUAUUAAUUGAGGCGUAUACUUGCCGAAAGAAAACCCCUGUGCUCGCACCCUCUGGGUGAACGGGCGAUGGCUAAUGCUAACAUAUGUUAAUACAAUCGUUAGAGUAGGUGAGACUUGUGCACGUGGGAGAUCAGAACCGUCCGUGAGUAGCAAUAUAUGAUUAUUUUUUUUUUUUUAAACUCCUAUGUUAUUAUUAUUAUUUAUUAUUUGGGAUUUGUUUAGUCCUUAACAAGUAAACUAUCCUAAGGCAGCAAAACUAAUGAAGUCUGACUACUGGAAGUAUGAUUAUCUUUUUCACUGAAGUAGAAUUUUUGUUUGUUUGAUUGAAAUGAAAUUGAUUACAGUUCUAUGUUGUUUAAAGCAAGAGGCAAGCAGACCAUUAUAUCAUCAUAUCUCUUCUUUUUUUGUUGCCUGGGGGAGAUUUGCCAGCUCUUUAGUUGCUCAUGUGACAUGUGAGCACAUAUCGAUGAAACGGCCUUGUAAUUGUUUCUUUAAAAAAAAAGAAGAAAAAAGUUGCAUAAGCAGCGGUGGGAUGGAAAACGAGUUAAAAGCUGAUGCCUGUAACACUGGUGCCUACUGAGGUCCUCAACGCUUCACAUAGUGUACUUACUGAAACCAGUAACCAGUAAGAACGAGAUCUCUUGUCGUUGCCUUCUUCUCAAAUUCAGUGACUUCUCUGGCCCUCUCAAAAAAUUUACAAAUCUGGAUUACACUGCGCAUACCAGGUCAUAACAAAGGUAAUUGUCUGCUCUGGAAUGCCAAACCGAUCCACGAGUGUCCUUAACUAAAUAAUUCUCAAGAAUGUAAUAAAAGUAUGUAAAUCACGCUCUUGUCGGUUAAUGUGUACGUUGGCGCGUGCGGGUUCGGAGCGCACGGUUGCCAGUUAAGUCACCUUGUUGUUUCCUGGUAUGGCAGAAAGGGCACGCUGACAUGGUGUUUGAGGCAAACCCUCGGCAGCCAGGCGGAGGGGGAAAGAGGGGGGGGGGGGGGGACGACAGGUUGAUUGUCAGCGCUUUGUCGGUGACUCCGCCGUUCUGUUGGUCAAAAGCCGAAUCUACUGACUUUUCUUCCUUUGACUUAACCUUCUCACAUUUAUUUUGUCUUCUUACUGUACGCGUGUAAGUUACUACUGAUGAAGUUGGAGCCGUAAGUGGCGCUCGCCUUCGAAGGAAUCUUUGGGCAGAAACCCCAGAGUCUGUUCACUCUCUUAGUCGGAGGCGCGGCACUGAAAGUUCCUGAUAUGUGUCUAAUCUGUCCUGAGAAGACUUGAUCAGAAUUUUAUUUAUUAGUUUGACUUUGGUUCAGGGUUUACUGUAGGCGCAGUUCUUAUUUCUAUGAGCUCGAAAGGCGUCACGUCUUUUGCCUAGCGAGCUUGGUACUCAUUAUAACUGGUGUUUGGGGCUGUCUGUUCAUUUUUCUCUGUGCAAAUCACGUUACUGUAAUUGUACUUUAAUAUGCUGUGUAGAAACAUCUGUGGAGUACUUCAAGAGUCGUCACAUGGAACAUAGAGAAGCACUUGUUUUUAGCAUGCAUAUAGUUUCAACACUAUUUGUCUAGGCUGCUAUUUCUUACUAUUUGUAUAUUUAAUGUAAAUAUAUAUUCUAUUUAUCAGACUGUUUGAUUUUUUUUUCUUUUACGUGUUGCAUCCCACGUGAGGUCAGGUGUCUUAUUGAGGCUGCAGUCUCUUAAAGUGUCACGUCUUCCCAAGGGGGGUUUGGUUCCAUUUUUUUCUUUCUUUUCCUCUCCCAUUUUCAAGGCCUGAUCGGACUCCGCCACGCAACAAAUCAGAGCAGUUAAUAAGCGCCCCGACUGCUGUUCUGUCAAACAGUGGUUCACAAGCACAGCCACAGUGAUACGGCUUUGGCUACCUAUAGAAACGAGACAAUACGGGCAUUGUCUCCCCCCCCCCCCCCACCACCACCAAGUCCCAGGUAGUUCUCAGGGGAUCAUUGUGUAUCUCUCUCCAGGCUGUGGGGAGAAAAGCCGGCGCGAGUCUCUCUUUGCACUUUUCUGUAUUGAAUGGAGCCCUUGGAAUGUGAGAAAUGUAUUAAGCAAAGGGAGACGGAGGAGACUGUAAACAGGUGUAUUGUUUGGAGGCGUCAAAGAGCAGCCCCCCCCCCCCCCCCCCCCCCAUCCCCAUCCCAACAUGCAGUAGAUAAACGUUUCAUUGUUCCCCUACAUGGAGAAGCACCAAGGUGAUUUGAUUGCAAGUCCAAGAGAAUAUCUGCUAAGAGUAUUGUUGUCAAAGUGCCACAUUUAGAAAAGUUGUCGUCGGAACAUCCGACGACUGUGGCGACAAGAGGUCAGACGAAUAGGUGCCGAUGCCGGUGUGUUGUUUUUUGGGGUUUUUUUGUUCCAUCACCAAGACUUCUGUCAGUAAACAAAAGUACAUUCUUCUUAUGUGACCUUUUGCAAUGGUUUGUCAGCAUUUUAAGUGGAGGAGCCCACGCCGAGAAGGAAUCAAACCAUUUCACCUUGGAAUUGCACGGUGAAAAUCUGCUUCCACUCCUUGACCCCGCAGUCGGCGUCGGAGCUUAAAUGAACGGGACUUGCUUGUGUAACUUCUCGAGAAAUGCCAUCCGGCUCCCCGUUUGCUCGCACAAACACUCAUGACUGACGACGACUAACCAGACCUGAUCACUUGGGUCAGUCAUUAGAGCAACAGACACACUUCAGUCAGUAGAUUUCACAUCGAGCUAAUAAUGUACAUUUCAAUCCGAUCACGCAGGAAUGUAGAUUUUGUCCAUUUCAGUGUUGUUGUGUUUUUUUUAAAGGAACAUUUCCUAUGAUGUGCAAGUUAAAGUCACUUGAUUCUCUAACGUACAUGUGUACCGAGGUAGACAAACUAAUGAUACGUAAAGUCAUUUUUUUUCUCCCCCCUUUUAUCCUCUAGUCUUUAUUUAUACCUCCAGGAUGAUCGCCGAAUGUGCCUUGUAGACACACGGAGAGGUGUUGCAUCUGGAGAAGGCCUUUUUCUAUAUUGUACAUUUGUGCCCUUGACCGUGGUGAUAAAGUUCACAUCGCAGCGCACGGUGGCCCGCCCACUGACGUGAAACCACCCACAUCUGUUGCUCCCGUUUUUCCUAUCACUUCGACAUGUUAAUCCAGACAAACAGAAAGUUUGAAGUCCAUCUGUUUUUUGCUGCUCUGCAAGAGAUUACAUUUUGGCGUUUUGAGAUUUAUUUGACCAUAUUUGUCUGUGACUAAAUCAUUUUAGUGUUUAUUUUUGGGUAUUUUGUUAAACUGAAGACAAGCAUUUGUGUUUUUGGCUUUUUAGUAGCCAGUGCUACUGGGAACUAAACAGUAUGUUCCUCAGUUCAUGUCACUGUUGAAUGUGAAACACUGAGAUUUUGAUUGUUGACUUCUAUGGAAACCGUGCCGCUCUCGACUGGGGGGGGGGCAUGUUUUCCAAAUUCAUGCUGUAUAAUCUUCUCAAGUCUAACAAUGACUUUACCGAUACUGGAAUUUUGUCCUCUGCAGGAUACAAAACUGUGAAAUUGUGUAUAAUCAUGAAAAAUAUUUAUUAUUGCAUUUGCUUCUUGUGCAACAUUUGACUGUCUCCUUUUUAAUUUGGUUUAAAAAAAAAAAAAGCUUCUAAAUGUCAAACAGAAAAAAUCUUUUUAAUAGAAUUUGUAGAAGUGCCAUUAGAUUUUAAUAUAAUUUUUUAAUAAGAAAGGUAUAUUUUAUAGUAAUCAAUUGCUUCAGUGUUAGUGGUGUAGAGAUUAGAGGACAAUCUUUAUGCAGAAUUGACAUUGCUUAGAUAUUGAGGCAAUUUACUUUGAUCUAUAACUGUAUGUGCAUUUUUCUUUGUUUGCGCUUUUGGAGUGUGUGUGUGUGCUGUGGAAAUGUGACAAUCUUGAUUUAGGUCUUUAUUAAGAUUAUGCAUAGAAUUAAAUGGAACAACUUUC